AGGGGUUUAGGGAUUAAACAAACGGUCUCCUUGCAAAAGUUCCUGAUUCUUCGAAGCGUUAUUCUUGCAAGAGCUCCUAAACCUCCAAAGCAAUAUUCUUGCAAGAGCUCUUGAAUCUCCAAAGCGAUAUCAACCAUGGCUACAACGAUCGCUUCUCAGUUGCAGGCAAUUAAGUCUUAUAUAAAAGCUGAUUCAGAACCCACCAAAAGACCCUUUACUCGGCCUUCCAUCAUCUUCAAUCCCAAAGAGGCUGCCGACACCGACCUUGACACAAUACUCUCUAUUGCGCUCUCAGGUUUGGAGGUUCUAAUAGACACGGACGAGCGUUUUAGAUGUUACAAAGAUGUUUUAUUUAGUCAAAGGAGUGGAGAAUUAGAUAGAGAAAUGAUGAAUGCGGAAGAAAAUAGCCGCAUUGACACAUCGAUUAAUUCGUAUUUGCGGUUACUUUCCGGGCACCUCCAACUGCAUGCUGCACUGAAGACACUUGAGUACUUAAUUCGCAGAUACAAGGCCCAUGUCUACAACACAGAUGAACUGGUCCUCUGUGCUUUGCCUUACCAUGAUACCCAUGCUUUUGUUCGGAUUGUGCAAUUAGUAGACUUGGGAAACAGUAAGUGGAGAUUUCUUGAAGGCACUAAAGUCUCAGGUGCACCACCGCCAAGGAAGAUUAUAGUUCAGCAAUGCAUCCGUGAUAUGGGGGUUUUGGAAGUUUUAUGCAACUAUGCGAUACCAUCAAAGAAGUCCCGGCCUUCAAGACCAGUGGUUAGCUUUUGUACUGCAGUUGUUGUUGAGGUUUUAGGUGCCAUUCCAUCAGUUGAUAGUGAUAAAGUGAAGAGAAUCCUCCCUUUUGUACUUUCUGGACUUAACCCCACUACAAAGGGAAGUCGAGAUCUCAAGGCUGGAGCUUUGAUAGUAGUUGGUUUACUAGCAAAUAGGACUGUGUUGGCUCCUAAGCUCGUCAACAGUUUGAUUCGUUCCAUUUCUGAGGUAGCUCGAGAGGAUAAAAAAGAGUCAGCUAACUUGCCAUGGCUCCGAAUGUCUCUUAUGACCAUAAUCAGCCUUGUUCAGAUGCAAUCUGUUCAGUUGUUUCCAAAGAAGGCCUUGGAGAUUCUUAAGGAAAUUAGGGAUCUAUCUGGAGUACUUGUGGAGCUGUCAAAGGAGUUCAAUAUCCAGAAGUUUCUUUCUAUUUAUUUGGAGUCGCUAGCUGACAACAGUUGUUCUGAUGAUUUAUCCUGUCAUGCCUUAAUAUCUACAAUUGAGACAGUUCCUGUGAAGCUUUUUAUCAGUAAUAUCGUCUCUAAGAUUCUUACUUCCUGCUUGAGAUUAUCUAAGGGAGGUGAUAUUUCUGCGAUAGGUGAAUCAGGGAGCUGGGCCAAAAAAAUACUGAUUGUUAUCCAGAAGAAGUAUCCAUCUGAAUUGCGGGGAGCUGUUUACAAGUUAUUGGAGGAUUCCAAAACUCAUUCCAUGAUGGAAGGUUCAAUUUUUGAGAUUUUGUGUUUGUUGCUGGAUGGGAAUUUGCAAGGGCCGGUGGAGAUAUCCGAUUCGAAAAUUUGGUUCUCUUUGGAGCAUCCAAAGGCUGAGGUUCGACGAGCCAUGCUAUCUACUUUGGGCAAAUCUGGUCUUUUGAAAGAUAAGGCUGUUGAUCCACAGAAACUUAUAACCAUUCAAGAAGCAAUACUGCGCCGCCUAAAUGAUUAUGACCUAAGUGUAGUCCAUGAGGCUCUAUCUUUGGAUGGUCUUUCUGGAAUUGCCGAUGCUAAUUGCCUUCUUGAAGCAUUUCGAAGUAUAAUUUUGCGGUGUAUUGACAUUUUAAUGAGCAGUCCAUCUGCCCACACUUCUCAAGCCUCUGAUGUUGCUCUGUCAUGCCUUGAUUGUGCAAUUCAGUUCUUCCAAGAUCAGCUAGACUAUUCACGGGAAUUUGCUACCUUGUUGUUUCCAUUACUUCUAAUUCUACCCAAGAUGUGGAGGUUAAAUAUGAAGGCAUUGGAGUUGGCUAAGAGAUCAAAAUGGCCAUUCUACCACAAUCUUGACGGAACAUAUAAUAUGAUCUCCACACAGAAGAAAUUGGAACAUAGCACUGUAGCUUCAAUUAAUAUGGGUACUAUUGGGGCAUUGGCUGAAGCUUUCUACAAACAACCUGAAGAAUAUAUGCCCUGGCUAGCUGAUUGUUGCAAUGCUUUUGAUCUGUCAAGGACAUUGAUUUUCUUUGUUAUUAUGCAGUCAUUUGUGAUCCAUAGGGAAAAUACUAGUGGCUUUUUAGCACUACUUCAAGUUUGCUUCCCAGUUAUUAAACAAGAGUGGAAUGAGAUUGAGGCUAAGGGUGAUUUUGUACUUGUGGAAGAGCAGUUCAAUGUGGAAAAGUUGGAUAAGGGUUGCAGUGCAUUCUUUUGCCAGCUGUUUGACUGCAAUUUUAAAGCGUUAAACGCAAACCUUUUGAUUUGCAUAUACUGGACUUUGCUAAAAGGAUUUAUUUCUACUGCUCCGCAAGGCACCUUGGUUGAUAAUAGGGAAUGGUUGUUUGCACUUCAGGAUCUUUUUGUUUUCUUUACAGCUUCUCAAUUGAAGCAUGUUUUUAAGGAACAUCUUCAUUUCCUUUUGACGAAGUGCAACGUUUCUCCUCUCCACUUCCUAUCCAAAUUUUUUACAGAAGAAGGUGUCUCUAUAGCACUUCAGGUUGAGAGUCUUCAUUCUUUUGCGGCCAUCUGUUUUCAUUUUGCAUCUUUGGAGAAGAAUAUAAGAAACAGCCACUUGCAGCCAGAAGAAAUCCUACUUGGUUUUCCUUAUUUUUUUGUUCCAUUGUCCAGUGACAACCAGGAUAUGCGAGUUGCUGCCAUGGAUUGCAUUGAAGGGCUCUACAGGCUGUGGUGCCAUGCUGAUGUUUCUAAUGGUAAAAAUGGUGGGGAUACUUUGUUGGCUCAUAGCAAGUGGGUACCUCUGAAGGAGCUUUUGGGGUUAAUGGUUCAGCAGAAGAGAUUGAUUUCAUCAGACCCAAUCUUUCUUCCAUCGUUUUUGACUUCUAUCUUGAGCUCCAGCAGUAGCCUUUUAGUGCCAGAUAAUAUUGAUGAGAGGUUUGAUAAGCCUACAAAAGUAUUCAUCUCUCAUUUCAUCUUGACAUCUGCGCUUAAACUUUCUGCAUAUGGAAAGCUUAUGGUUUUAUCUUUACUCAAAGGAAUGGGCACUGCAAUAAUGGAUGUAGAAGGCGUAAAGUUAUUGCUGUCUGAACUUUUGAAAAGGCGCAGUCAGUAUCAUCUUGGGGUUGACAAAUCCUGUUUGGAAUUAUCAAAGAUUGAAAUUGAAAUUCUUUGUCUUUUACUGGAGGUAUGCGCUAUGCCGAAAGCUCCACUUGCUCAAGAUAUUCUCAUAGAUUUUCUAUUGAAAGCUUUGCAAGUUGGUGGUACUAAUUCAGAAAAUCUGGCCAUUGUAUUGCCUUGUGUCACUGUCCUGCGAAAGAUGAGCUCUUCACUAUAUAGGGUUUUGGAGGCAGAGGAUCAGGAUCAUCUAUUCCAGGAGCUUAUUUUUCUGUUUCGCAAUGAUAAUGGCGAUAUACAGAAUGCAGCCAGAGAGGCUAUUCUUCGAUUAAAUAUAUCUUGCACAACCGUUGAUAGGCUGCUUGAGCUCAUUCUUGCACAAGAGGAGCACCUUAUUGGUUCAUCAAAUGGAAAGAGAAAGAAGAAACAUACAAAGCAUCAGAGAUAUGACUUACAUCCUGAUCAUUUUCACAGGGGGGGAGAUGUAGUUUCUUUACUUGUUUCUCUUCUUGAUGUUUUGCUUCUGAAGAAAGAUAUAGACAACAGACAUUUUCUGAUAGGGCCUUUAUUUAAGCUUCUCAAGAAAAGCUUUACUGAUGAGUGGCUUCUCAGGCUGGUUGGCCAGGAUCAAGAAUGGAUUGAAGCCUCAACUGGCGUUUCCCAGACUGUUUCCAGUCAAAUAUGUUAUAUUCAACAGACAACUUUGUUAAUUCUUGAAGACAUUAAUGCUUCACUCCUAUCUAAUAUUCCUCUUCAGGGUGAAAUUCUGAACAAAAUUGACAUAAAACUGUUAGUUGAAUGUGCACAUACUGCAAAAGAUGGAACAACUCGAAAUCAUGUAUUCUCAUUAUUAUCUUCUAUUGCAAAGGUCAUUCCUGAUAAAGUUUUAGAUCAUAUUUGUGAGAUAUUUACCAUCAUUGGGGAGUCAUCUGUUACACAGUGUGAUAAUCACUCACAACGUGUGUUUGAGGACCUGAUAUCUACUAUAGUUCCAUGCUGGCUAUCUAAAACAGAUGAUGCAGUGGAAUUGCUUCAGAUAUUCACAAAUGUGUUGCCUGAAAUUGCUGAGCACAGAAGGCUGACAAUUAUAAUAUACCUACUAAGGACAUUGGGUGAAAAAAGUAGCUUGGCUUCACUGCUUGUCCUUCUUUUUCGUUCAUUGGUUUCAAGGACAAGUAAGUCAUGCUAUGAUGGAAGUAUAUGUUUUAGUGCCAUGGCUAGCACGGAGUGGGAGUACACAUUUGCAGUACAGGUGGUCGAGCAAUAUUCAUGUAUUAUAUGGCUUCCAUCUCUAGGUAUCCUUAUUCAGCAAAUAGGAAAGCAUAAUGAGUGCCAACAGCAAUUUAUGGAAUUGCUCAUUGCUUUACAAUUUAUUCUGCACAAAUUAAGAGACACAGAAUUGAUAUUCAAGAUUGAAUCUGGGGAAGAUUCAGAGAGCAUUCAGAGAAUGCUUGGAAUACUUAUGGAGCAGGUUGUUUCUUACACGCAAAUUUUCAGCAGUAGAAGCAAGGAAAUAAAUAUUCCUAUUGCCAUAAGGAAAGAACUAAAAGAGUAUGUAGAUACUGUUCUUAGGGAAAUUACAAAGAGUGUGAUUCCCUCAGCAUAUUUUGAAGGCAUUACUUUGUUGCUCAGGCAUUCUGACAGAAAUGUGAGAAAGAAGGCUCUGGGCCUUUUAUGUGAGACGGUAAAAGAUCAUGACAUGGAUAAACUGAAGCAUAAGGAGAAAAGAAACUUGAACAAAAACUCAAGUAGUUCUUGGCUUCAUUUAAACAAGAAUGACUUGGAGACAUUUGACAAGAUGUGUUUGGAAAUUAUUCAUUUGAUUGAUGAUCCUAUGGACGAUGCGGAAACCCCUGUCAGGCUGGCUGCUUUCUCUGCACUGGAAAUUUUAGCAAACAAGUUUUCCUAUAAUAAUUCCAUCUUCAGCACAUGCCUUAAAUCUGUAGCAGAGCACAUUGGUUCAUGCAACUUAGCCGUUUCUUUUAGCUGUCUUCGAACGACAGGUGCUUUGAUCAAUGUGCUUGGUCCAAGGGCAUUAUCUGUUCUCCCCCACAUUAUGGCAAGCUUGUUAAAGAGGGCUCGUGAUGCCUCGAGCUUGUCUCUAAAAUCUAAACAUGGGAAGGAUACCAUUCUCGUUGGAUCUUCUAGUUUCAAGGAAUCUCCUCUGAUGUCAAUUCUUGUGACCUUGGAGGCAAUUGUGGACAAGCUUGGUUCUUUCCUAAAUCCUUAUCUUGCUGAUAUUAUUGAGCUGUUGGUACUGCAUCGAGAAUUUGCUUCCGGAUUGGAUCUUAAGAUGAAUCAAAAAGCUGGUGUAGUGCGUAGACUUGUCAUUGAGAAAAUCCCAGUUCGCCUUACUCUUUCACCUCUGGUGAGGAUAUACCCUGAAGCUAUCAAGCAUGGGGAAUCCAGUUUGGUAGUCUGUUUUGAAAUGCUAGCAGGACUAGUUGGCAUGAUGGAUAGAUCAUCUAUUGGAUCUUAUCAUGUUAGAAUAUUUGAACAAUGCUUACUAGCACUUGAUCUUCGUCGACAACAUCCUGUAUCAGUAAAAAAUAUUGAUUUUGUGGAGCAUAGUGUUAUCAAUGCAAUGGUUGCCCUAACAAUGAAGCUUACUGAGACCAUGUUCAGGCCUCUUUUUAUUCAGAGUCUUGAAUGGGCAGAGUCAGAAGUGGAAGAAAGUGGCUGUGCAGAAAGGAGGAAUUUAGAUAGAAUUAUUUCCUUUUACAGAUUGGUCAACAAACUUGCUGAGCAACAAAGGUCUUUGUUUGUUCCCUAUUAUAAAUACUUGCUCGACAGUUGCACACGCUAUCUAGUGUAUGGUUCCAAUACACCAUCUGAUGGAAUUUCCAAAAAGAGAAAGAAGGCAAAAGUUCAGGAGGAGAACAGUAGUAAAAAAGCAGGGAAAGAAGUGUUAUCACCUGGACAGUGGCAUCUCAGGGCACUUAUCUUAUCAUCCUUACAUAAAUGUUUUCUUUAUGAUACUGGGAGCCUGAAGUUUCUCGAUUCAUCUAAUUUCCAGAUCCUGCUGAAACCUAUAGUUGCACAGCUUGUAGUAGAACCACCAUCUUUGGAAGAGUUGCCAGAUCUGCCAUGUUUGAACGAAGUUGAUGACACAUUGGUUUCUUGCCUGGGACAGAUGGCUGUUACUGCAGGCUCUGACCUUUUAUGGAAACCUCUUAAUCAUGAGGUGUUGAUGCAGACCCGGAGUGAAAAAGUCCGGUCACGUAUUUUGGGUCUGAGAGUUGUGAAGUACCUACUGGAGCAUCUGAAGGAGGAAUACCUGGUGUUCCUGCCUGAGACCAUCCCUUUUCUCGGAGAACUGCUCGAGGAUGUUGAGCUGCCUGUUAAGUCUUUGGCCCAAGAUAUUCUGAAGGACAUGGAAACACUGAGUGGUGAAAAUCUUAGGCAAUACCUAUGAUGCUAAUAAAAGCUUGAUUCUGGUUUCCUCCUGCCAUUAAUCUGGUAUUAUUAGCAAGUCUCUGCAGAAGUAUCAGCCAAUACCACUAUGUUAACAAAGUGUAAUCCUGGUUUUUCCCCCGUAUGGCUGAUAUCAUUUGCAAUUGUCAGCAGGAAAGCCUAAGGAGGAUGCAGAUGGUAAAUAUUGUAGAUAUAUACACUUCACCAGGUCUUGUGAGCUCUGGACAAAAUUUUGGGAAAAAAAGAUGCGUAUCUCUAUUAUAUCUUAAUCGUUUUGGGGGAAAAUAAAUAUUUUUUGGUAAAAUAUUGUAUCUUAUUCUCAUUUUA